UGUCAUUCUGGCUGUGGUCUGUGUCCUUGUUAGCUAACGGGCUAGUUAGCAGCCAUAUAAAGAGAGCAGAUGAGUUCCGUUUGGAAAAAUGAAUUGAAGUGUGCCUAAAGGAAGCUUUUUUUCACAGAGAUCUACGGUUUUCCACAGCAUGUUGCGUGUUGGGAGCAAGGCGGCCUGCAUGGCCUGCAGGAACCUGGUGUCCAGCAACAUGGGGAUCAGAUUUCGGGUUCCACUGCAAAAACUGCACCCUCUAUCCCGUGCCAUACACCACCGCUACUCGGGGAGCACAAACCCUCAGCGGCCUCCUCAUCGUACAGCAGCUCGCUAUUUCACCUCAAUGUCUCGACUGCCCAUGCGGCCACCCAAGCCUCAUUCAGGGGGCCGAAGUUACCAGCAGCAACGCAACUUCUGGGUGGCCCGUCUUGCUGCUCGGCUGCUCAAGCUGAGAUACAUACUGCUGGGCACAGCAGUGGGUGGAGGAUACACAGCUAAAAAGACAUAUGAAGAGUGGAAGGACAUGUUGCCUGACUUUAGUGAAUACAACUGGGUCAUUCCUGAUUUUGUCUGGGAACUGAGUGAACAAAUCGAUCUGGAUAAACUGGCCAAAGCUCUACCAGAAAUAGAAGAAAUAUCCAAGCUACUACCUGACAUCGACAAAAUAGGGGAGAAUUUCACUUUCCUGAAAAGUCUCCUCUCCCCCGCAUUUUUCACAGGUGUGAGUUUGGGUAGUGAAGUCAAAGGAGCUUCUGGUCUGCAUCUGUUAGAAACUUCAGGCGAUCCACCGCUAAAAGCCACAGAUUCUUCCUCUGCAGCCUCACAUGAUGCCAGUGACAAGCAGUACAAAAAGGGUCUGCUCGGGGAGCUCAUUCUUAUUCAGCAGCAGAUCCAGCGGCAUGAGGAGGAAGUUCGACGGGCCGCCGCGGCCCAUAGCGCGUCUCCCCCGCCGCCAGAGCCUGCUCCCAGUCCGCCUCCGAACCCCAGCCCCCCUCAACAGAAGCGAAAGUCUUCUGACAAAGAAAAGAUAGACCAGCUUCAGGAAGAGCUGCUGCGUACUCAGCUAAAAUAUCAGCGCAUGUUGGAGAGGUUGGAGAAGGAAAAUAAGGAGUUGCGGAAAGUUGUGCUGCAAAAGGACGAUAAGGGAAUUCACCAAAGGAAAGUGAAGAAAUCCCUCAUCGAUAUGUACUCUGAAGUCCUGGAUAUCUUGUCUGACUAUGAUUCCAACUACAACACCCAGGACCACUUACCCAGGGUGGUUGUGGUUGGCGAUCAGAGUGCUGGAAAGACCAGUGUGCUGGAGAUGAUUGCCCAGGCCAGGAUCUUCCCGAGGGGCUCUGGAGAAAUGAUGACGCGCUCUCCAGUCAAGGUGACACUAAGUGAAGGCCCACACCAUGUGGCCAUGUUUAAAGACAGUGGCCGAGAGUUUGACCUGACCAAAGAGGAGGAUCUGGCUGCUCUGAGGCACGAGAUUGAGCUGAGGAUGAGGAAGAGUGUGAAAGAGGGACAGACGGUCAGCUCUGAGACCAUAUCUUUGAGUGUCAAAGGCCCGGGAAUCCAGAGAAUGGUGCUGGUUGACUUACCAGGUGUUAUCAGUACGGUGACCACUGGCAUGGCUUCAGAUACAAAAGAAACCAUCUUCAGCAUCAGUAAGGCUUAUAUGCAAAACCCCAAUGCAAUCAUCCUCUGCAUCCAAGAUGGCAGCGUGGAUGCAGAGCGUAUUGUCACAGACUUGGUGAGCCAGAUGGACCCUCAAGGGAAGAGGACCAUCUUUGUCCUAACCAAGGUGGACUUGGCUGAGAAGAAUCUAGCCAGCCCAAGCAACUACUUCAUCACAAGGAUCCAGCAAAUAGUGGAAGGAAAGCUGUUUCCCAUGAAAGCCCUGGGUUAUUUUGCUGUUGUCACAGGAAAAGGAAGCACUGGUGAGAGCAUAGAUGCCAUUAAAGACUAUGAGGAAGACUUUUUCCAGAACUCCAGAUUACUGAGGGAUGGCAUGCUGAAAGCCCACCAGGUAACGACAAAGAACUUGAGUCUGGCUGUUUCCGACUGUUUCUGGAAGAUGGUCCGAGAGUCUGUGGAGCAGCAAGCCGAUGUUUUCAAAGCUUCACGAUUCAACCUGGAGACAGAAUGGAAGAACAACUACCCUCGUUUGAGAGAACUCGACAGGAAUGAACUCUAUGAAAAGGCCAAAAAUGAAAUCUUGGAUGAAGUCAUCAGUUUGAGUCAAGUGACUCCACAACACUGGGAAGCCAUUCUGCAGAAGAAGCUGUGGGAGCGGGUUUCCACACAUGUUAUUGAGAACAUCUACUUACCUGCUGCCCAGACUGCCGACUCUGGGACGUUUAACACAACUGUAGAUAUCAAGCUCAAGCAGUGGACUGACAAACAGCUGCCACACAAAGCAUUGGAGGUUGCCUGGGAGACGUUGCAGGAAGAGUUUGCCCGCUUCAUGGCUGAAUACAGAGGCAAAGACCAGGAUGACAUUUUUGACAAGCUGAAGGAAGCCGUAAAGGACGAGAGCAUCAAAAGGCACAAGUGGAAUGAGAGAGCCAUGGACAGCCUGCGGGUCAUCCAGCACAAUGCCCUUGAAGACCGAUCCAUUACAGACAAGCCUCAGUGGGAUGCAGCAAUCCAGUUCAUGGAAGAAACCUUACAGUCACGUCUCAAAGACACUGAUUCAGUAAUAAGAGAUAUGGUUGGCCCAGACUGGAAAGAGAGGUGGAUGAGCUGGAAGAACCACCCAGAACAGCACAUUCGCAAUGAAACGAAAAACGAACUUGAACGCCUGCUCAAGCUGCACGACGACCACACGGCUUACUUGGCCAACGACGAAGUCACCACAGUCAGAAAGAACCUGGAGGGACGAUCGGUAGAAGUUGACCCAGUGCUGAUCAAGGACACAUGGCAUCAGCUGUACCGGAGGCACUUCCUGCAGAGAGCGUUGGCCCACUGCAACCUCUGCAAACGAGGUUUCUACUACUAUCAGAGGCACUUUGUUGACUCUGAGCUGGAGUGCAAUGAUGUGGUUCUGUUCUGGAGAAUCCAGAGGAUGCUGGUCAUCACAGCCAACACUCUCCGGCAACAGCUCACCAACACUGAGGUGCGCCGGUUGGAAAAAAAUGUGAAGGAGGUGCUGGAUGACUUUGGUGAAGACACGGAGAAGAAGAUCCAACUCAUUACUGGCCGACGAGUCCAGCUGGCGGAGGAUCUCAAGAAAGUUCGUGAGAUCCAAGAGAAACUUGAAGCUUUCAUCGAAGCUCUUCACAAGGAGAAAUAACCAGAGCUUUUGAAAGUAACCAUGUGAAUCACAGCAAAGAAAUCCACUGAACAAAGACGACACAUCUGUAAAUUACCAUCCUCGCCCCUGUGCCCGCCUCCGCCUUCACUCGAUUUCACCGCCCAUGUCUCGGCUUCUCGUCCCCCUGAUGGACAAUGAUGGAAAGAUGGACUUGUGCAGAAAAGACGGGCGAGAGAAGCAGAUUUCAGACUGUCUGCUGUCUGACUUCCCUUUUUUUUUUUCUUUUUUUUUUUUUUUUUUUUUUCCUGUGUUCAUUGCAUCAGGAGGGGACUUCUGCAGAAGAACCCAAACAGCUGGAUCAGCAGAAAAAUCUGAAGCUUGCACUGUGUAGUCCCACAUCUGACCUCUUGUUUUUUUAAAAAGAAAAUGAGAUUUGUGUACAUGUUUAAUUCCCACUUUUGUAUUUUUUUUUUUUUUUUUUUUUUUUUCUGCUUGUAUAUGUGAUGAAGCACCAUUUGUGCAGCACUGGUCCUGAUAUGUCAGCUUGAAUGUCACACCUUUGUCUCACCUGGUGAUCCUCAAAAAAAAAAAAAAAAAAAAAAAGAAGUGUUGCUUUUGUUUUAAGCACAGAACAUAGUUGCACAUAUUACACAAAUAAUUUAAUUUAUGCCCCUGAACUCCGUAGUCUCCGUCAUAAUAUACAAAAUUCUUCAUUGAGCCCAGAAUGAGGCUUUGGUAUUGUUGGAAUGAGUAGAAACUCUAGACUCACUACAUCUUGGGAUGCUGAAUGGUUUUACAAGACUUUAUACCGUGGUGUUUGAUUCCAUUACCCAGAUAGCAUGUUCCAUCAAUCUCCAUUUAUUGUGUUCAGUUUGUUAACAUUUCGCAGAGGAAAAAAAUUACAUUAUCUAAAUUUACCUUAAAGAAAGUCUCAAGCUGUGGAAAACGGUAACGCCUUCAGAUUUGUUUUUCAAAUGGAAUUUUUUUUUUUUUUGACAAAUGUUUCAUCUCUGAGUUUGCCACUUCCAUCUGAGUGCCCCUAGUUUAUAUUUCUGUCUUGUGUUCAUGCUAACCUGCAUGGUUCAACAUUGACAAAAUAUAAAUAAAUUUGCAGUUUAUGAUGUUUUAGAACAAUUUCAAACCAAGCUCAGUGCUUCACUCACGUAACUGUCUUCAGUCCUAUUGCCUUCUUUAGGAAACCUCAUUCCAUGUUAUAUGAGCAGUACUCUGUGCUCUACUCCAGAUCUUUAGUCUUUUCCAGCCGGAUCAGGCGUCCCGGUAAAGGGAGGAGUCCGAGCAUCCCCUCGAGACUUCAUAUCCUUUUACAUGAAAUUAUGUUCACCUUUCUACAUCUCUUAAAUGAUCAGAAACAUUUAUUGUUAAAGUUUUAUAAAAGGUACCAAGCCUAAGUUUUUCACUCUUACUUUCAACUGAAGUGAUGUCUAGAAAAUGCAGCGCCCCGCCCCGCCAUUGUUUGUCACGUCUACUCCAGGUGUCUUCCACCUCCUCCAUCAGGACCUUUCAGACUCCUUACUCCAGCCACUCGAUUCUUCUCAAAAAUUCUAAUGCGUUGGCCUGAUAGCAGGCGGAGACCACGUCGUUCAUCCAUUCAUUCUUGUCUACACUGAUUUCUGUACCUGUAUAACUUAAGGAGCACUCAUGGAGCUUUGAUCGUGUACAGCAUGUGCGUGUGCCGAGGGAGACGCCUGUGUAACAGACAGUUGGCGGAAUGGUU